AGUAAUUGAAGACAAGUCACACGAGAAUCCAAAAUUGAACAAAGAACAACAAAGAAGAAAGAAAGACUCUAUUUUUCUUUUCUUCAAUUCAAUUCAAUUAAUCAUCAUCGCUUAGGUUAAUAAAUUUCAUAGAUCGAAGAUAAUGGAAGCGUCACAAUCACACAUCAACAACCCCAAUUCGAAUCCGAAUCCUCUAGCUUCAUCAGUUCCGUUAUGGCCAACAAUCGACGGUCCAUUAGGAUUAUCGGAAGAAGAAUCAGUGAAGUACGCUAAAAGAUUCUACAAAUUCGGUUUCGCAUUUCUUCCUCUUCUUUGGGCUGUUAAUUGCUUCUACUUCUGGCCUGUUAUUCGCCAUUCUCAUUCCUUCCCUCGCAUUCGACCCUAUGUUGUCGGCUCUGCAAUUGGGUUUACUAUUUUUGCGGCAAUUCUUUGCUCUUGGGCUCUUACAUUUUCUAUUGGAGGGGAACGCCUCUUUGGCCCUGUCUGGGAUCAGUUGGUUAUGUACAAUCUCGCUGAUAGGUUAGGCUUAGUAGGCUGGAGCUAGUUGUGCUUGGACCUGUAAUAGAAGAAAAAAAAUCACCUUCUUAACUGGUUUGGUGAAUGGAUGUGUAUUACUGAUACAAUAUAUAUGUAUUCUGUUAUUGAAUUAGUGGAUUUCAUUGUGGAGCAAUGUUUUCAA